AUGGCACAAACUGAGGGAGUUUGUUCCUUUCUUGAUCGUCCGUGGACUUUGGAUGAUGUGAUAUCGAUCCCGUCCGAUUCCGAGUCUGACACAGAUAGUGAUGCCGAAGUGUUGGGACAAGAUGUCCCGCGCGUGAACUUGGUACACAAUCAACAUCCUGACGACUCGCUUCCUUCUAUCUCUGAGAUUGUGGCGUCUUUGAUUAGCGUCAGACAUGAUCCAACAGAAGCAACCGGUAAGUAA